UUCAACAACGCGGUGUUUCUCAUCAUUAGCAUUGUAAUUAUCAACCGCGAAAUACCUGUAAAAAAAAAACAACCCGGAUAUCACUCAAUCCACCUAAUUUUACGCGACUCCCAUUCAUCAGGAUCUUAUCAUCUUUUCGCAACAUUGAGAUAUAAGACUGGUCUGAAUAGGCAAAAUAUUCUGAACAAUGGUGUCAUCGACUGUAGGGGAAAAUGGCGAGGUUCUUUCGCAUAUUAGAGCAUCACCAACCGAGGGAAUUCCACCCGGUGAUUAUCGACUCGUCGGAUGGGACAUGGAUACAACUGGAAAAAUGCUGGUGGAUGAGAUAUGUCAGAUUGCUGGGUACACGCCGAGCUCAUCUUUUGCUCAAUACGUCAUGCCAUUUAAGAAUCUCACACCUGCGGCUAAAAAACGUCACAAUCUCAAAGUCGUUACUGUGGGAAGAUAUAGAUUGCUCAAAAACAACAAAACUAAUAAGGGAUUGAAAACCAAGAGCGAAAUCUCCGCUAUCACAGACUUUCUUGACUGGCUCGAGGAAGUGAAGGGCGACGCUGUUGAUGGGCUAAUUCUCAUUCACCAUGAAUCAAGAAAAGUCAUUCCUGCGAUGCUAUUGGCGUCACUUAGUAAGUUCAAUCUUCUGGAGAGGUUCAAGAAAACUGUCAAAGGAUUUGCCAAUGGGUUCAACAUUGCCAAUGUUAAAUGUGCCAAUACCAUUCGUGCCUUCUCACUGAGAACUCUGUCGCGUGUUCUCCUUGACCAGGAGGUUGAGAUAGAAAAUGCAUCAGAUCGCGCACGCCUUGCUCUUCAGAUAGUUCAACACUUGAGCACUGGUGAAACUAAAUCCACCGAGAGUAAUCGUGAUGGUGAUACAACAUCAAAGGCAAUUAUCGAGUUCACCAGAGAAUUCGUUCAGCCAGUAGAAGCAGAAGAGAAGGAAUCUGAAAAACUCAAGCUCGUGCUUGACAGGCAGCACAGUCUACUGCCAGUAUUUCGCCAUUUACUUGCCAUGAAUCGCAAAGAGAGACAGCAUGCCUCACCUCUCAGGAGACUUCUCGCUGAAUCCGAUAUCGAUUAUGCGCAGCUCAUGGAAGCCUGGUCAAAGGCGGAGAAAUAUGGAUUGGAAAAAUUGAUCAAGGAGAGAGCCUCAAGUGCAACGAGUACGGAAAUUGAGGAUCUUCUUGAAGUACUUGAAUGUCACUUUGACCCAGAAAAAACGCCAAAGGUCAAAGUCGAGACUAAACAGAGGAAGAGAUCAAAGAAGAACAAAGAAAACCGCAAAGAUGCUUCGGGGCUUGAGAGUCCAGACACCACAACUUUGCAAUCACCAAUUAAAGUAAGAAGCGAAUCACUUGAUACCGCUGAGGUAUCACCAACAACGGUUUAAUAAAUAUUCACGUGCCUCACAAAACGGGGAUGAAGGUGAAUGGAAUUUGUAGAGUAUCGCGUUUCAUUUUCCAUACUCUACGGAUCUAGCAAAUUGAUUUUUUUUUUGUUAUUAAAAUAUAUAUUUUUUUUUCAUUAUCAAAAGGGUCUCAGACCUGAGGACUAACAAAAGUCCGAAUUGAUUCAAUUAUUUAAUAACUCUUUGAUUAUUAUUUGAAUCAAAGACAUUCUCUCCAUUACGUGAGAUCAUUCGCUCUCCAAUUUCUCACUUUAUAAUCACCGGUAUUUUUGUUAUUAAAUGAUUUAUUAUACAAUAUACACGAAUGAAGACAGGGAGAGAAGAAAUUAUAUUUUUCAAAGUGAUACAAAGACUCGACCGCGUCUUCUUUCUUCCUUUCAUUUUUCACACAAAUGUAUUCUGAUUUUCAUUUAAAAAUCACGUAAAGUUGAUUCCACGUGGUCAAUCGCACUGAAUGGACACGGAUAGUCGUUAAAAAAAUUGUUAUUGAUAUUUAAUAAAAUAAUGGAAUGAAUAGCUUGUUAUUUUUCGGAUCUCAUUGUACUGAUUAAAAUGGCAAAAUAAAGAGAUUCACGCAUGAA